AUGAUCAUGAGACAUGUUCAUGCGCUUUUCGACAGAUUGUCGUGGUUUGCCGCGUCCCAGAAGACCGUGGACCUCGGUGCCGCCUUUAUAGCAUUCGUGCGAGAUGUUGGCAACGAGUAUACAUUUGGAAAGCAUUACAAAGAUCUUGGAAAGGAGGACUUUGAUGUCGGCAUGGUGGUCGCCGCUCAGGCUGGCGGUCUCUUGUGGCGUAUCACCAAGUUCAUACGCUUCUUCGGUCCCCCCAUGCGGUCCAUCCCGCCUCGGUGGAUCAUGGCAGUCUCCGAUCCUGUCAUGAAGGAGUUCUUCCGCUUCAUGAUAAUUUCCAUGAAUGAUACCAAGAGUUUCAUGAAGGCGGCAGUAUCCCAAGAUGACGACGGUCCACGCACAUUAGUCCAUGAAAUCGUGCAGUCCAGACUUCCGCCCCCCGAGAAGUCAUUUGAGCGAAUCUUUGAUGAAAUGUCCACCACAACAGGCGCUGGGCUCGAGACUACAGCCGCGGUCAUGGGGAUCGCGGGCUUCCACAUCUACAGCGACCCCAAGAUCCUCCAAAAGCUACGGGCCGAGCUUGCUGCUGCCCCCGACCAUAACUUGGAGACGCUCGAGCAGCUUCCUUACUUGACUGCUAUUAUUAUGGAAGCCACGCGUCUAGCUCCCGGCAUAGCCUCUCGCAGUGCCCGUAUCGCCCAGGACAAGGACCUCAAUUAUGCAGACUGGCGGAUACCGGCCGGCACACCCGUCGGGAUGACCAUACACUUGCUCCACCAGAAUGAGGAAGAAUAUCCGGAGCCCAAGCGCUUCAACCCAGAUCGAUGGAUGGAUCCCAAUCCAUGGCGUCUGGGCAAAAAGACCGUUGUGCCUUUCGGGAAGGGAACGCGUAAUUGCAUUGGAAUGCAGUAA